AUGCUCACACUCCCUCCUCUUGAAGAUCAGUCUGCACAUAGUCUUCAUCAUAAUGUCAAUGGGCGCCAGUAUACUGCGGAGGCCCCUGAUGGGCGCCAGUAUACUGCGGAGGCCCCUGAUGGGCGCCAGUAUACUGCGGAGGCCCCUGAUGGGCGCCAGUAUACUGCGGAGGCCCCUGAUGGGCGCCAGUAUACUGCGGAGGCCCCUGAUGGGCGCCAGUAUACUGCGGAGGCCCCUGAUGGGCGCCAGUAUACUGCGGAGGCCCCUGAUGGGCGCCAGUAUACUGCGGAGGCCCCUGAUGGGCGCCAGUAUACUGCGGAGGCCCCUGAUGGGCGCCAGUAUACUGCAGAGGCCCCUGAUGGGCGCCAGUAUACUGCGGGGGCCCCUGAUGGGUGCCAGUAUACUGCAGAGGCCCCUGAUGGGUGCCAGUAUACUGCGGAGGCCCCUGAUGGGCGCCAGUAUACUGCGGAGGCCCCUGAUGGGCGCCAGUAUACUGCAGAGGCCCCUGAUGGGCGCCACUAUACUGCGGAGGCCCCUGAUGGGCGCCAGUAUACUGCGGAGGCCCCUGAUGGGCGCCAGUAUACUGCGGAGGCCCCUGAUGGGCGCCAGUAUACUGCGGAGGCCCCUGAUGGGCGCCAGUAUACUGCAGAGGCCCCUGAUGGGCGCCAGUAUACUGCGGAGGCCCCUUAUGGGCGCCAGUAUACUGCGGGGGCCCCUGAUGGGCGCCAGUAUACUGCGGGGGCCCCUGAUGGGUGCCAGUAUACUGUAGAGGCCCCUGAUGGGUGCCAGUAUACUGCGGAGGCCCCUGAUGGGCGCCAGUAUACUGCGGAGGCCCCUGAUGGGCGCCAGUAUACUGCAGAGGCCCCUGAUGGGCGCCAGUAUACUGCGGAGGCCCCUGAUGGGCGCCAGUAUACUGCGGAGGCCCCUGAUGGGCGCCAUUAUACUGCGGAGGCUCCUGAUGGGCACCAGUAUACUGCGGAGUCCCCUGAUGGGCGCCAGUAUACUGCGGAGGCCCCCGAUUGGUGCCAGUAUACUGCAGAGGCCCCUGAUGGGCGCCAGUAUACUGCAGAGGCCCCUGAUGGGCGCCAGUAUACUGCAGAGGCCCCUGAUGGGCGCCAGUAUACUGCAGAGGCCCCUGAUGGGUGCCAGUAUACUGCAGAGGCCCCUGAUGGGCACCAGUAUACUGCGGAGGCCCCUGAUGGGUGCCAGUAUACUGCAGAGGCCCCUGAUGGGUGCCAGUAUACUGUAGAGGCCCCUGAUGGGUGCCAGUAUACUGCAGAGGCCCCUGAUGGGUGCCAGUAUACUGCAGAGGCCCCUGAUGGGUGCCAGUAUACUGUAGAGGCCCCUGAUGGGCGCCAGUAUACUGCGGGGGCCCCUGAUGGGCGCCAGUAUACUGCGGAAGCCCCUGAUGGGCACCAGUAUACUGCGGAGGCCCCUGAUGGGUGCCAGUAUACUGUAGAGGCCCCUGAUGGGCGCCAGUAUACUGCGGAAGCCCCUGAUGGGCACCAGUAUACUGCGGAGGCCCCUGAUGGGUGCCAGUAUACUGCGGUGGCCCCUGAUGGGCGCCAGUAUACUGCGGAAGCCCCUGAUGGGCACCAGUAUACUGCGGAGGCCCCUGAUGGGUGCCAGUAUACUGUAGAGGCCCCUGAUGGGUGCCAGUAUACUGCGGAAGCCCCUGAUGGGCACCAGUAUACUGCGGAGGCCCCUGAUGGGUGCCAGUAUACUGCGGUGGCCCCUGAUGGGCGCCAGUAUACUGCGGAAGCCCCUGAUGGGCACCAGUAUACUGCGGAGGCCCCUGAUGGGCGCCAGUAUACUGCAGAGGCCCCUGAUGGGCGCCAGUAUACUGCAGAGGCCCCUGAUGGGCGCCAGUAUACUGCGGAGGCCCCUGAUGGGCGCCAGUAUACUGCGGAGGCCCCUGAUGGGCGCCAUUAUACUGCGGAGGCUCCUGAUGGGCACCAGUAUACUGCGGAGUCCCCUGAUGGGCGCCAGUAUACUGCGGAGGCCCCCCAUUGGUGCCAGUAUACUGCAGAGGCCCCUGAUGGGCGCCAGUAUACUGCAGAGGCCCCUGAUGGGCGCCAGUAUACUGCGGAGGCCCCUGAUGGGCGCCAGUAUACUGCGGAGGCCCCUGAUGGGCGCCAGUAUACUGCGGAGGCCCCUGAUGGGCGCCAGUAUACUGCGGAGGCCCCUGAUGGGCGCCAGUAUACUGUAGAGGCCCCUGAUGGGUGCCAGUAUACUGCAGAGACCCCUGAUGGGUGCCAGUAUACUGCAGAGGCCCCUGAUGGGCGCCAGUAUACUGCAGAGGCCCCUCAUGGGCGCCAGUAUACUGCGGGGGCCCCUGAUGGGCGCCAGUAUACUGCGGAAGCCCCUGAUGGGCACCAGUAUACUGCAGAGGCCCCUGAUGGGUGCCAGUAUACUGCGGUGGCCCCUGAUGGGCACCAGUAUACUGCGGAAGCCCCUGAUGGGCACCAAUAUACUGCGGAGGCCCCUGAUGGGCGCCAGUAUACUGCAGAGGCCCCUGAUGGGCGCCAGUAUACUGCGGGGGCCCCUGAUGGGCGCCAGUAUACUGCGGAAGCCCCUGAUGGGCACCAGUAUACUGCGGAGGCCCCUGAUGGGUGCCAGUAUACUGCGGGGGCCCCUGAUGGGCACCAGUAUACUGCGGGGGCCCCUGAUGGGCGCCAGUAUACUGCGGAAGCCCCUGAUGGGCACCAAUAUACUGCGGAGGCCCCUGAUGGGCGCCAGUAUACUGCAGAGGCCCCUGAUGGGCGCCAGUAUACUGCAGAGGCCCCUCAUGGGCGCCAGUAUACUGCGGGGGCCCCUGAUGGGCGCCAGUAUACUGCGGAAGCCCCUGAUGGGCACCAGUAUACUGCGGAGGCCCCUGAUGGGUGCCAGUAUACUGCGGGGGCCCCUGAUGGGCACCAGUAUACUGCGGGGGCCCCUGAUGGGUGCCAGUAUACUGCGGGGGCCCCUGAUGGGCACCAGUAUACUGCGGGGGCCCCUGAUGGGCGCCAGUAUACUGCGGAAGCCCCUGAUGGGCGCCAGUAUACUGCAGAGGCCCCUGAUGGGUGCCAGUAUAAGUCAGUAGCGUGUGUCAGUCACUUUCCAUGUACUCGGUGA